GGUUGUGCUGGGUCUCAAGGUCCUAAAGGUGACAAGAGAGAUAAUGCAGCACAAGGACCAAUAGGAGAUAUCGGUCCUGAAGAUCCAAAAGGUGACAAAAGAGAUACCAGUCCUCAAGGUCCCAAGGCUGAUGAAGAUGACAUCGGUGUUAGAGGUCGAAAAGGUGAUAAAGGGGACACUGGAGCACAAGAACCUAAAGGUGAUAAGGGUGAUACUGGUCCACAGGGGCCAUCUUUUAGUAGUGAUUCUGCAGACCUUUCUACUGUCUUUUUAUCGCCUGGAACUCAGAUAAUGACAGGUAAUUUGCAUAUGAACAGUAAAUACGUUAUAAAGAAAGAUGCUUUUUGUCUUGUUACCUGCACAGGACAAAGAAAAAAUUUUAAGUCCUCACAAGGAAUUGAACCUCAGAACCUCAGACUUUCGGAUUCCGCGCUCCGUUGCUCUACCACUGAGCCACAGAGACUCCACAAUGAUCAAGGUCUAUUACGAAGUUCAAAUGACACGCGUCCGGCAUACUGCUAGGAUAAGCAAUGCCGAUAGCGUAAUGUUUGUGGAUAGAAAUAAGAAUUAACCUUGGGGAUCCAUCAGGUGCAACAGAUUCCAGUAAUAAAAAGUAUGUUGAUACCAUCACAAACAACAUACUGAGUGGCUCUGAGACUCUCCAAGGUGAUAUCAACAUUUUUUUUUCAGAGGGCUUGGUAACAGAUCCUGGAAUCUGAUUGGUUCUUUACCCAGUCAGUAUUUUCCUAUCUCUGCCCAGGGGCUACGGUAAUGCUUUCGUGAGUCACCGAGUACAUCCCUUCUUCCGUUGCCAUUUUUCUGAAUAUAUCUCGCUUUUCCGGCUAGGCAGUAUUCAUAACCAAAGACGUCCAUCACUACCUCAAGCCGAUAAAUAACUUAUUAAUCCUUUCUUUUCUCUCUCUCAUGAUUUACAUUUCACAUUAGAUAGUGACAAAUUAACGUUUGAUGUGGGUGGAAUAUAUGAAUUUAAUUAAAGAUAUGGUUGCAAAGGGCCUGCAACACAUUUCUACUACAAAGCAUGUGAUAAUCCCUGAUGUAUUAGUAAGUGAUACACCGCAGUCACUCAAAACACGAACAAUAAAUAGAUAGAUGUUACAUGUUUUGGAAUAUUUCGAUCAUUUACUGGUCACCCCACAUCACUUGGUGUAGAUAAUGGCACUCUCGAUGGUGGGCUUUGUGCACAACUAAUGAUUUAAAAAAAUCUGAACAUAUAAAAAUAUUAUAAAUGAGCUUCAAAAAGAGGAGUGUUACAAACUUCAAUCAAAUAGAUAAAUCACUAAACAAAAACGCAAUAAAUGAAACUACAUCAUUAUACAAAUGCUAACACGAGGAGCUACGAUUCUUCAAAAAGCCUUUUAGAGGUUCAAGAAACUAAAUCUGUUACGCAAUUUGUCAUCGUCUUGUUUAAUAGUAGGUGGUAUUGUAGCUGAAAGGGUAAUAACGAAUCCCAUUGUACUUGGCAUUAUACCUGGUACUCCUUUGGUAUUAAAAACGUACUGAGGAAUGAAAGAUUUUAAAAUUAUACCUUGUAGUGGUUUGAUAUUAAAAACGCCCUGAGGAAAGAAAGAUUUUAAAAAGAGUAUCGAAUUAUGUCGAUUUGCUUUUACUACCUAUGUAAUGACACUAAUUGAAUUAAGGCCCUUUUUAAGAGGAGUGUCAUUCAUAAAGAAAGUCAUCCGGACCUAUUGAAAGCUGCAUAUAAUAUUAUCAUAGACAUGUGUCCACCGGUUGAUGCUUUUGAGCAACAGUACAACAAGUAGUUUAUCUGUGAUGAAUUAUUUAUUACGUGUUAUGUUGUAUUCAUAACUAGUUACUUUCAAUAUAUCGUUCAAGUAGUUGUGAUGAUAUCAUAGGGUUUUCUUUGAUUUAGUAACUUUACGUAUAUCUAUAUUAACUAGCAUUCAUUAAAUAUCAUGAUAAAAUUGAUAUUAAUCAUGCGCUUUCUAUUAUCAUUGAUCUGUGGUAAUAUAUUGUUUCUCUUUUGAAAGUCUGCUAUGAUCUUAUUUUUGUUCUUGGUGGUUAUAAUGAUGUCAUACUUUUUGGUUAUAUUAAGUAUUACCUUAUUAAGAUAGUAUUUCCUGAGACUUAUUGACCGAACUAUCUUACAAUUAUUAUAAUGGAAGUUACAAGACUCUUUCAAUCGUUCAUAGUCAUCUACUUGCCUGCAAUUGGUGCACACAAUCACAUAGUCUUUAUUCUCCAAGCAUUAUUUCUCCCAACAUUUUUCUACUAGGAUUGAUCGUUCCUUUAUUUCCUUAUAACAGAAGGGACACAUCACCUCAUUUAAUUCAUUAUGAAAUAUUUUAUGCAAUACAUUAUAUGAUGGUAUUACAUAGAUAUUAUGUGUUUAAAUAUCAACAGGGGCUAUCCUUGGUUUCGUUAAAAUAUAUUUCAUAUCACGUAAUUCCUCUUCUGUUUCUAACGUGUUGCCGUCAUUAAAAUUUCUUGCAUAUCUUGUGUAAAUAUUAGUUAUGAAUAUUUUGUAUAAACAUUUUGUACGUAAAUUCUCUUGAUCAUCAAAGUAAUCAGAAUAUCAUCCAGUUCACUAUAAUCUAUUAAGCUACUAUUGUAACUGUUACUAGUAUCUGAAUAAUCGUCUUGACUAUCAUAUAUCUAACCACUAUCUUGACUACUUUGAUAGUUACUAUGAUCUGAAUAUAUUUCCUGAGAUUCUAUGUAUACCAAUACAUUAGAUAAAAAUCAUAGAAUUUCUAAGAAUUAGGAUAGCGUAUGGAUUCCAAGAAAUAAAAAGUAUUAUAUGAAAAAGUCAGCGCAAAAUUACCGUGCAAUAAUAACAACACAAAAUCACUGAUAUCUGGUAAAUAUGCGUAGAAAGCCCAGAAUACUUAACUACUAUCUUAACUAGUUUAACCACUUAAGCCAGAUUAUGCAAUGGAACCAUUUAAGCUAGUUAUGCAUUCCGUGCAGCUGAAGUAUCUGUGCAGUUUAACCAUUUCAGCUACUUCAACCAAUUAAAAAAGAUUUUGCAAUCCGUGAAGUUUAACUGUCUCCUGUGGUUUGACUAUUCAAUAACUGGAAUCAAUUAAAAUAGUAUGACUACUUUAAAUACUUCAAGAAACUUAGCUAGAUUGUGGAGCUUGCGUCGUUUAUUCAUUGAAGUUGAUUUGACCACUUAAAGUACUCCAACCAGUUGAGAAAGACUGCAAUUUUUGAUUGUGCAGAUUUUUGUUUGAUGGACAUCAGCAGAUCUUAAGUUGCGCUUAGGAAUAUACCUGGAAUAUACCUGGAAUAUACCUGGAAUAUACCUGGUAACUAAGUCAAACAAAUAUGAAGGUGCUAUGCCAUUUAGACAUUUAAAAGUCAUCAAAAGAAUUUAAAAAAUUAUGCGCUGUUCUACAGGAAGCCAAUGCAGUUCCUGUAAUACAGGUGAUAUAUGUUCAUGUUUGGGUGUAAGUGCAACCAUUCUGGCAGCUGCAUUUUGAACAUGCUGAAGCCGCUUGAUAGUUUGUUUUGGCAGUCCAUACAAAAGUGAAUUACAGAAGUCCAGUCUGAAAGUAAUGAAAGCGUGCGUAAGUUUUUCUGCUGUAUGGUGACUGAUAUAUUUCCUUAUAUGGCUGAUAUUUCGAGGGUGGAGGAAGCCUGUUGACUAGUCUAGUAAUUACUGGUAUUAAAUCGUGGAGACACUCCUCUAGAACUAUUGCAGGAAUAGGGUCAACCUUAUUUCUAAGAGGAGCAUAAUCAUUAAGUAGCGAGGCUAAUUUCGCGUUGUACGCUUCAACCAAGUCGGCUACUGAUGCAAUGUCAUUAUUUAGCAGAUUCAAGUUCUUGAUGUCUUCACGAAACCUAGCAAAGUCAAUGCGCUUAAGGCUCCUGUACGUAGUUUCUUUCUUUUCGAGCAUAAUGAUCUGAUAGAAUGGGAUCAAUUACUGAAAUAUGGCAUACUAUGCUAUCUUCAGAUCUGGUGAUGAUCAAAUCUAUAUAUGAUUUCCUCUAGGUGUUGGUUGCUCUACGUGUUGAGUAUGGUCAAACGAUUGUAAUAGUUCCAUAAAUUUAGCAGCACUCACGUUAGUGUGAUCAUCUAUAUGAAAAUUAAAGUCACCAACAAUCAUGAUUUGUCCCUUGUCAGUAGCCAGUUGCUCAAGGAUGGAUCCAAACUCUUCAAAAAACAGUUAUCCACGAGGUGGAUAAGAUGUCCGUCUGGCCAGACAAUUUGGAUUUUCCGUUCUCUGACUCCGUAAGACCAGUCUCUGUGCAGUUAUCCAUCUUUUUACUGCAGCCUCACUCGUGGAAAGCUCUUCUAUCCCAAUAAAAGUUGCUAAAAAGAGAGAGCACAGAAGAGCGUGCCUGACCUUCAUCGCCUCUUCAUCACCUUCUCAAUCUAGUUGAAAUCAGCAAAAACAGUAAGAGUGCAUAGAUUGCACUAUCUAUCUCAAAUGGUCGAUGUAGUUCAAAUGCUCAAAGUAGGUUAAUUGGUUCAACCAGAAAAAAAUUCAUAACCAGCUCGAUAGGAUCAACUCCACCAACUGCACAAUCACGCUUAGUUGGUGAAACACGUUAAAUAGUCAAAGUAGCUAAGACAGUUGAAGUGCACAAAUUGCACAAUCUAUCUUAAUCGGUUAAAGUUGUUCAAAUGGCCAUACAAGGUUCAAUGGUUCAACUGGACAAAAUUCAUAACUGGCUUGAAUGGUUGAGCUGGUUAAAUAUUCAAAUAAGGGAAGACAGCUAAACUGGUUAUGGUCGUGCAAUGGUCGAACUACCUUCAAUUGUUGAAGUGCACAAACGGUAAAAUGUAGACCAAUUUGUUUAAGAAGUUAAAAUGAUCGAAGUAGCUUAAUUACUUCAACCAGUUAAAUAGUCCAACAAGCAAAGACACUUGUACGCACAAAUCGUCCAAUCUUAAUUAGUUGGAGUAGUUCAACACUCAGUCGAACUGGCUAAAAUGGUUCAAUUGUACAACUAUCUUAAUAAGUUUAACUGCACAAACCUCACAAUCUAGCUGAAUUGGUUGAAAUUGUUAAAAUAGUCAAGCUAGUUUACUCCUUUUACUUCAUAAAUGGUCAAACUAGCUUAAAUGACAAAAUGCAUAACUGGCUAAAUUGGUUCAUCAAGGGGAAAUGCUUCAACUGCUUAAACAGUCCAACAAGCGAACACAAAUGAACUGGAAAAAUUGCAAAAGUUAUUUUCAUUGGUCGAAAUAAUUGACAUGGUUAAAGUAGCUGAAAUAGAUUAGCCAGUUAAAUAUGCAAGCUAGCAAAAGCAGAUAAACUGCACAAAUUGAAAAAUCUAUUUUAAUCAGUGAAAAAAGUUUAGUGGUCGAUCUAGCUUAAAUGGGUCCACAAGACAACUUUCAGAACUAGCUGAUAUGGUUAAUCUGGAAAAAACCAAUGAAAUGGCUUAACUGGCUAAAUGUCAAUCGAGCGAUUACAGUUAGACUGCACAAAUUGCACAAUCUGUCUUAAUUGGUCGAAGUAGUUUACAUAGUCAGACUGGCUUAAAUGUUUCAACGAAACAAAAUGCAUAACUAGCUUAAUAAGUUCAACUGCACAAUCUGGACAUUCUAGCUGUAGUGUUUCAAGUGGUGUAACAUUCAAAGGUCAACUGAAAAAAAUUACCUAAUCUAUCUCAACCGGUUGGAAUGAUUAAAUGGACUCCCAUGAAUAAACCACAGAAAAUGCGCAAUCUAGCAAAGUUUCUUCAAGUAUUUAAAAUAGUCAAGCUAUUUUAAUUGAUUCGACUUGUAAAAUAAUCAAACCAGGGAAGACAUUCAAACUGCACAGAUUGCAAAAUGACUCUUAAUUAUUUGAAGUAGUUAAGAUGGAUCAACUGCACAAAGUGCGUAACUAGCUUAAAUGGUUCCAUUACACAAACUGCUCAAUCUAGCUUAAGCGGUUUAACUAUUUAAGAUCGUAGUAUAGCACCUGGGGCUUUUAAGGCAUAUUCACCAGACAUCAGUGAUUCUGUGUAGUGCGCAGUAAUUUUCCUCUGGCUUUUUCAUAUAAUACUUACUAUUUCCUGGAAUCUAACUGUCUUCCCUGGUUUGACUACUUAACCAGUUGAACCAUUUAAGCUAGUAUGGUCAUUUAAACAACUUUACUAAUUACGAUAGAUUGUGCCCUAUGUGCAGUUUAACUGUUUUAGCUAAUUUGACUAUUUAAAAAGUUUAAUCAAUUAAGCUUGACUGUGCAGUUGGUGCAGUUGAUGCUACCAAGCUAGUUACGCAUUGCUUCCGGUUCAACCAGUUUACCUAGUUUGAGCAUUUGAAGUACAUCCACCAAAUGAGAUAGAUAGCGCGAUUUGUGCCUUACUGUUUUCGCCAGUUUGAUUAUUUAACCAGCUCAACCGGUUAAACUAGAUUGAGAAGGUUGUGCACAUGAACUUAUGAAGCUGAUUAUGCAUUUUGUCACCUUGAACAAUGUAAGCUAAUUUGAACUAGUUCAACCAGUUAAGAUAGAUUGUGGAAUUUGUGCAGUUUAUCUCUUUUCGAUAGUUUUACUUACUGGUGAGAUAGUCAAACCAGAAAAGAUUGCUAAAUACACAAACCUAGCAAUCCUAUCUCCAUUGGUUGCAGCAGUUCAAAUAAUCAAACUAGCUUAUAAGAUUCAACUAGACAAAAUGUAUAGUUUAAAUUGUUCAAGCGGACAAAAUUCAGAAUUAGCUGAGAUGGUUAGCCUGGAAAAAAUGCAUAAGUAGCUUCAAUGGCUCAACCGGCUAAAUUUCAAUCAAGCGAUAACAGUUAAACUGCACAAAUUGUAUAAUAUAUUAUUGGCGAAGAUAAUUUACAUGGUCAAACUAUCUUAAAUGCUUUAACUGAAGAAAAUGCAUAACUAGCUUGAUAAGAUCAACUGUACAAACUGCACAAUCUGGCUUAAUUGGUCGAGGUAGUUCACAUGGUUUAACUGUCUUGAAUGCCUUAACUGAUCAAAGUGCAUAACUAGUGUAAUCCAUUCAACUGCGCAACUUCAAUAAUUAAGCUCAAAUAGUUGAACUGGUUUAGCGGUCAAACUAAGGUCAACUGAGAAAAAUUGCACAAUCUAUCUCAACUGGUUGAAGUUCUUUAAAUGGUUAAAUCAACUUCAAGGAAUAAAGGGCACAAGCUGUAGAAUCUAGCUAAAUUGCUUGAAGUCAUUAAAAGAGUCAAGCUAUUUUAAUCGAUUCGACUAGUUAAAUGUUCAAACCAGCCAAGACAGUUAAACUGCACAAAGUGCAAAAUCUUUGUUAAUUGUUGAAGUAGUUCAAAUGGUCAAACUAACAGAUAUGGCUCAGCUAGACAAAAAGCAUAACUUUUUUAACUGGUUCAACUGCACAAACGGCACAAUCAAACUUCAAUGGUUCAACUGUCAAGUAGUUAAGAUGGUCGAACCUAGCUUAGGGUGAGGGUUUCAUCGGACAAAAAGGAUAACCAGCUUAAAGAGCUUAAGUGGUUAAAUAGUCAAACUAGCAAGGAGACUGUUAAACUGAAAAAAUUGCAAACAGUGGAAACAGUUAAACGGCACAAAAUGCAGAAAGUAACUGAGUUGGCUCAAUUGGCUCAUAUGGACAAAAUUUACCAACAAGCUAAAUAAAGUCAAAUGGUUUAAGAGAUCAAAUAAGCGAAAACAGAAAAAAGCAAAAAAACUGGACAAACUAGCUGAAUUGACCUGUUUACCUCUAGAUUACGCUCUUUUUGCCUGUUUGCAGCUAAUCACGCUGAUUUUAGUUCUGUCUCACUUAAUACAACGUUUCAGGGAUUUUUGUGGCCAAAUUACGCUUUCCUCAGCUUUUCCGCACCAAAAACAUGUUUUUGUUUCUAUGCAGCUAAAUCGGGCUGUUCUGGGCUUGAUCUCAUGAAAAGCAACGUCUUCCUUUCCUUGUUGCUAAACUGUGCUGUUUAUAGCUUCAUGCAACCGAAAAGAUGUUGCUUCUGUUUGUAGCUAAUCACGCUGAUUCUAGCCAUACGCUCAAAACAACAAUUUUUGUCUUUUUGGACCUAAAUCACGUUAUUUUCAGGCCUAUCACACCGAAAGGUUUUGCACUGAAAAGAGGUUUUCUGCCUGUUUGUACCUAAUCAUGCUAAUUUCAGCUUUAUCUCGCUCAACACGUUGUUGCGGUUGCUUGCCGUUGAAUUCCGCUGUUUUUUUAGUAUUAUUGCACAGAAAGCAAAAACGUGGUUUCCAAAAGGAUAAAGCUAAAAUUAGCAUGAUUAGCUGCCAAUAUGCGAAAAGCCUUUUUUCAGUGCGAUAAAACGCUUUGGUGGAAUGAAGCAAAAAGCAGGAUAAUCAAGCAACAAAAAAUCCAAACCGUUGUUGGCCAUUAAAUAAAGCUCAAAACAGUGCAAUUUACUUGCAACCAAACGAAAACAUGUUUUAGGUGCUUUAAGGCUGAAAACAGCGUAGUUUAGUGCCAAAAAAAGUAGAAAAGUUGUUUGAGUUAGAUACAGCUUAAGCCAGGGUGAUAAGCUGCAAACAGGUAGAAAACCUUUUUUCGGUGCAAUAACGCUAUAAACAGAUUAACUCAAAAGCAAACAAGCAAAAGAAAGCUUUUGAUGAGAUUAUCUGAAAGAGACGUAAUUAAGCUGCAUAGAAGCUGGAAACAGUCUUCAGUACGAUAAAGCUGAAAAUGGCAUAAAUUUAGCAACAAACGCUUUAUUACAUCUUUUCUCUGUCAUAAAGCUGAAAAAAAAGUAAUUUAGCAACAAAAAAUACAAAAACGUUGUAUUUCGUGAGAAAAAGCCCAAAACGGCUCAAUUUAGCUGGAAUCAAACGAGAACAUGCCCCGGUGGAAGAAAGCUUAGAAAAGCAUAAUUUGGCCGCAAAAAUCGUAGAAACGUUAUUUAAGUGAGAUAAAGCUGCAAUCAGACCGAAAAUAAAAACACCUUUUCUAAGUGCGAUACGGCUAAAAAGAGGGUAAAAAUCGUGGAAACGUUAUUUUGUUCAGAUUUUAAACGUUGAAACCAUUUGCCAAUUGAAGUUUAACUUUGUUUCCUUGUUUGACUAUUUAACCAGCAAUUUUUUCAGUUUAAACCUAGUUUGACUUUUUAACCAGUUAAACUAUUUGUAAUUAUUCGGCUAAUGAGCCAAGACCCCAAACUAUUUAGUAUGUCAAAUUUGUGCAGUUUAACUGUGUUUCCUUGUUUGACUAUUUAACCAGUUGAACCAAUUUACCUACAUAAUUAGGACCAAGAAACUUUUAUUGACAUAAAACCACCCGGCUAUAAGCCGAGACCCAUUCAUUAUUACAAAACUGAAUUUCUAACAUUUUUUGAAAAAAAUCGCAUUAAUUGUCAUAAAUGAGGCUUAGACGAUGGCGAUUAAUGGUGAUUUAAUAUGCAAAGGACAAAAAAGCGAACUAAUCAAUUGAAAAGCAACGAAUCAUAACUGUCAGCGUCAUGGUUAUUCUCUAUCAAGAAUCUUUAACAUGGACGAGACACCCGUGCAGUUCGAACUACCAUUCAGUCAAACUCUCGAAUUCAAAUUAAAAGUUAAUAACCAAUGAUUGUAUAUUGUGUUUCUUUACUUUAGCUCGGCUUAUAAGUAAAUACAUCCUGAUUUAGUAGAGUUUCUAUGCGCUGGAAAAAUUUUUUUAAAAAAACUUUUGGCUAUAAGCCGAGACCCCCUCUAAAGCCCAAAUUUUAAUUAACUUCAGUUUUAAUUUGUGUAAAAAUCGCUCGGCUUAUAGUCGAAUAAAUACGGAUGUUUGACCAUUUUAACUACGGGAUUCAGUUAAGCUACAUUAGGCAGAUUGUGUAGUUGAACCAUUUGACCUAGUUGUGUAUUUGUUCAAUUGAACUAUCAAAGCUAGUUACGCAUUUGGUCCGGUUAGGCCAUUAAGGAUACUCUCAUUUAAUGACCUUAACCAAUUAAGAUAGCAUCUAAAAAUAUGAGCGGUUCAACUAUUUCACUGGUUUACUAUUUAAACCAAUUAAUCCUAUUAAGCCCUUCAACCAAUUAAGCUAGUUUGACUAUUUUAACUAGUUGAACUAAUUAAGGUAGGUUGUGCAGUUAAACCAUUUAAGCUAGUUACGCAUUUUGUCCAGUUAAAUAUUUUCAGUCAGUUUGACCAUAUUAACUACUUCAGACAUUCAAUAUAGUUUGUGCAAUUUCUGUAGUUUCACUGUUUUCGCUAGAUUGAUUAUUUAAUUAGGUCAACCAGUUAAACUUGAUUGAAAAGUUUGUCCAGUUUAAUCCUUAGUUUGUUAAGCAUUUUGUCCCCUUGAACAAUGUUAGGUAGUUUGACCAUUUGAACAAGUUUUACCAGUGGAAAGAGACUUUACAAUUUUUGUAGGGUUUACUGUUUUAGUUAGUUUGACUAACUGCUUAAAUAGUCAAACCAGUGAAGAUAGUCAAAUACACAAGUAGUUAAAAUGGUCAAACCAGUUACAAAAGCUCAACCGGCCAAAAUGCAUAACUAGGUUAAAUAGUUCAAACGGUAAAAUAGUCAAACUAUCGAAAACAGUAUAGCUACACAAUUUACACGACCUAUGUCAACAGAUUAGACUAGUUCAAAUGGUCAAUCUAGCUUAGACUGUUUAAGUAGAAAAAUGUCUUAGUUAUGCACUGCGUCUACUCUGCCUACUAGCCUAAUCAGUUCAACUUCACAACCUGGACAAUCUAGCUGAAAUGGUUCACCUAGUUUAAUAGUCAAACUAAGGCCACCUGAGAAAAAUAUAUCACAACCGAUUGAAGUACUUUAAGCGGUCAAACCAGCCAAGACAGUAAACCGUACAGAUUGCAAAGCCUUUGUUAAUUUGUUGAAGUAGUUCAAAUGGUCAAACUGGCAUAAAUGGUUCAAUUGCACAAAAUGCAUAACUAGCUUAAAUGGUUCCAUUGCACAAACUGCAUUAUCUAGCUUGGUUUAACUAGUUAAGAUAAUCAAAUUAGCGGAAACAGUAAAAGUGUACUAAUUGCACGGUCUAUCUGAAAUGGUUGAUGUUCUUCAAAUGCUCAAACGAGGUUAGUUGGUUCAACUGGACAAAAUGGAUAACUAGCUCGAUGGGAUCAACUGCAUAAACUGCACAAUCAAGCUUAAUUGUUUAAACUCGUUAAAUAGUCAAAGUAAAUUAUACAACUAAACUGCGCAAAUUGCACAAUCUUUGUUAGUUGAUUGAAGUUGUUCAAACGACCAUACUAACUUCGAUGGUUCAGCCGGACAAAAUGCAUAACUAGCUUGAAUGGUUCAACUGCUUAAAUAGUCAAACUAGGAAGGACAGUUAAACUGCUUGAAGUUGUGCAAUGGUCAAGCUACGUUUAAUUGUAGAACUGCACAAAGGACAGAAUUUAGCCCAAUUGGUUUAAGAAGUCAAAAUAGUCAAACUAGUCUUUUUAAAUGAUCAAUCUAGAUUAAAUGACAAAAUGCCUAACUUGCUGAGAUGGUUCAACCGAGUAAAAUGCGUACAUAACUUAUUCACUUCAAUUGCACAAACUUUACAAGCCAACCCAAAUGCUUUGACUGCUGAAAUAGUCAAAGAAGCAGACAGAAACAAACUGCCUGAAUUGUACAAUCUAUCUCAAUUGGUUAAAGUUGUUCAAAGGGCUAUACUAGCUUCAAUUAUUUAACUGGACAAAAUACCCAACUAGCUUGAAUGGUUCAACUGCUUAAAUAGUCAAACUAAGGAAGACAGUUAAACUGCAUGAAGUUGUGCAAUGGUCAAACGACGUUCAAUUGUAGAAUUGCGCAAACGACAAAAUCUAGCCCAAUUGGCUUAAGAAGUCAAAAGAGUCAACUAGUCUAUUUGGUUCUACUUUUUAAAUGGUCAAUUUAGCUUAAAUGGCAAAAUUCCUAACUUGCUUAGAUGGUUCAACCAGAUAAAAUGCGUAGAUAACUUAUCAGUUCGAUCACACAAACUUUAUAAGCUGGCUCAAAUGCUUCGACUGCUCAAAUAGUCAAAGAAGUAGACAUAAAUAAACUGCACAAAUUGCAAAACCAAUAUUAACUGGUCGAAGUAGUUCACAAGGUCAAAGUAGCCUAAAUAUUUAUAUGAUACCCAUUGAUAAAAUAACACAACUUAUAUCCUAUCAGAAUAGUUUUACUGCAGGCCAGAUGAAUAAACUAGCAGAAGCUAUGAGGUUAGGAAGUCCUUUCAUUAUAAAACCAACGAAGAAACAAAGUGGUGGGUUCCUUAGUAUACUCCCUGCAAGCGUUGUUGUGCCCUUAUUAUUGAAAGCAUCAACUGGUAAUGGUAUUCAGGGUUAUAGCAGAUAUGAACUGCAACCACCACAUCCACCACCAAAAUCAGAUGGUAGUGACAUGUAGGUCAGACCAUGCAAUGAGUCAUUAGUGCCAUAUAGACCACCUCCAUUUGUAGGUAGUUGGUCUAAAGGGGGAGAGGUGUAUCCUCAAACACCACCACCAUUCAUUGGUAGUUUGCCUAAUUGCGCAGGUACCAUAGGUGCUGUUUCUGAUAAAAGGAAAACAAGAAAGACGAUCAGAGGAAAAGGACCACGUUAGGAAAAAACUCACCUUUCAACGGAGUCCCUCUGGUGGGUGCAACUUUGUAAAUAAAGCAUUGUCCAGUUAGAAUAUAAUUAACUGUGUAAAGUGAGUGGAGAUAAGGCAGUUUAUGGGUGUGUUUUUUAGAGAUGAAAUAGGUGAUAAGCAUAGGAUGGAAUACUAUGUUAUUAAUCUUGGUGACAGUGUGAGUGGUGGUACACACUGGAUUGUUAUGAAUAUCAAAAGAGAUAAUUGAAUACUUCGACAGUUUUGGUCUGAAUUGUACAAAAGAGGUUAUAAAGGUGUCCAAUACAUUAAAUCUCAAUUAUGUGUAAAACAGCACGCAGGACCAGGAUUAAUUCAGUGUCUUAUGUGGAUAACAUUGUCUGCAUUACAUGAAUGUGCACAGUAUGGGGACAUGUUAUCGUGUUGUAAAAGUGUUUUCCCCUACUGAUUAUGCUUAGAAUGAAAAAUUCCUAAAAAGGGUAUUUUGUAAUGGGUAUAUUUACUAAAAAUCAUAAAAAAAUAGAUACAACUGUGGAAGGUGUCGAAGGACCAGCAGGGUCAUCUGUACUAAAAGAUGAUAAGGGCGAUACUGGCCCAAGAGGAGAAAACGGUGAUAGAGGUCUAAAAGGAGAUACUGGUGCACAGGGGGCUAAGGGGGACAAGGGUGACAAAGGAGAUGCUGGUGCACAAGGCCCCAAGGGUGAUACUAAUACAGAAGGGUCACCUGAUAGUGGUGGUGCUGGGUCUCAGAGUCCUAAGGGUGGCUGAAGAGAUACUGCAGCACAAGGACCAAAAGGAGAUAUUGGUCCUCAGGGUUGAAAAGGUGAUGAAGGAGAUACCGGUCGUCAAGGUCUUAAGGAUGGUAAAGAUGACAUUGAUGUUAGAGGUCGAAAAGGUGAUAAAGUAUGUUGA